ACUAGGCCUAGGCUAUGUUUAUUUAUAUACCAUAUGUGCAUUUACCAUAUGAUAGUGAUAAUGUGUGUCAGAAGAACGUUAUAAUAUUCACAAAACACCGUUAGAGUAUUAAGUGAAUAUUCUAUUCCUAGGCCCAGCUGCUAGGCUCGGCCUUAUUCAAGUGGCCUAGGGCCUAGGCCAUCCUCCUCUGCUGCUGCUCAGGCUAGUAGCACUGCAGGCCUCAUUAAGUCUUGGUAUGGUAGGCCUUACCUAGAUUGUUAUUAGAGACCUACCCCACCAAGAGAGGUAUAAAAAGGCUGUCAAGAAGGACCCCACUACUACAGUAAUAAUAGUACAGUCUGCACAGUUUAAAAAUUGUGCAAGCAAAUCCUUGCACAAUUUUCAAAUUGUUUUACAACAUUCUCCUGGCACAGCACAGUUUGCACUUGCACAGUUUGAGGAUGUUGCACAGCUUUAGAAUGCAUGGCAUAGUUGGUGCAGCUUGACAGUGUCUACCGUGUGCCGUACAGUAAUGUUUUUUAAUUGUGCGGAUGAUGCCUCAAAAGCCAGCUCAUAUUUGCAUGGAAAAUCUCAAGGAAAAUAGGAAGAUGUUGAGGACUGAUAAAGAAAUACCCAAGGAUCUUGGGUUUGUUACCUUCAAACCAGGCCCACUGGAUGCCUACAGAUCAAAAGCAAGAUUUGAUUGGAAGGAAAUGAGAAUAGCCAUUGAUGGCAUUCCAAAAAUACAGUAUAUGAACCAGAUCUGGAAGACAUUAAAACUUGAUCCAGAGUUUCAGCACAUCGACAGAGAAUUAAAAGUUGAAGAAAAACGAGAAAGGACGUACAGACAGAUAAAACGUUUGUUGGAAUAUGAUGUUCUCUCAUUUGAAAGCAUCGUAGAAAAUCCUGCAAUAAUCAAUUGGUUUGUAGAUGCUGUCGGAUGCUAUGAUUGGUCGCUUGCUGCCAAAAUUAUGCUUAAUAGACAAGUGUUUGGAAACACUCUGAUGUCAUUAGGGUCAAACCAGCAUAUUCAUUUUGUAGAAAAGAGUGCAAAACUAGAGGUGAUUGGUUGUUUUGCAUUGACUGAGCUCUCACAUGGAACAAAUACCAGAGCAAUGAGGACCACUGCAACAUAUGAUUCAAGAUCUCAGGAGUUUAUCUUAAACACCCCAGAUAUUGAGGCGACGAAAUGUUGGGUUGGUGUCUUGGGUAAGACUGCCACCCACGCAUGCGUCUAUGCCCAGCUUUACACAGAGGAUGGUAAAUGCCAUGGUCUACACAUAUUCAUUGUGCCUGUCCGAGACCCUAACACCUUGCAAGCCUUGCCAGGUGUUCUAGUUGGAGACAUGGGUAAGAAGCUUGGACAGAACGGACUGGACAACGGCUUUAUGUCUUUUAAUAAUGUUCGUAUUCCCAGAGAGUAUUUACUUAAUCGUAAUGGAGAUGUUUCUGCAGAUGGGAAAUAUUUGUCUCCCUUCAAGGAUCCAAACAAGCGGUUUGGGGCAUCUCUGGGUGCCUUGUCUGGGGGUCGUGUUGGAAUCACAUCGAUGGCAGUUACUAACCUUAAGUUGGCUUUAACAGUAGCUGUGCGUUACUCAGCUGUACGUAAACAAUUUGGACCAAAUGACAAAGAAGAGUUACCUGUUAUAGAAUAUCAAAUGCAGCAAUGGCGUCUGAUUCCAUACAUUGCAGCCUGCUAUGCUCUAAGCUCGUUGUCUGCCUUUAUAGGGAAAGCGUUCAAUGAAUUUGCUGUUAAUCUCAUUAUGGGCAACAAGAGUGCUACACAGGCUGAUAUGGGGAAAGAACUGCAUGCUCUAUCCAGUGCCACUAAGCCUCUAGCUAGUUGGACGGCUCGUGAUGCCAUACAAGAAUGCAGGGAGGCAUGCGGCGGCCAUGGCUACCUUGCAGUAAAUCGGUUUGGUGUUCUGAGGGAUGAUAAUGAUCCCAAUUGUACUUAUGAGGGCGACAACAACGUUCUUCUACAGCAAACUAGUAAUGCCGUGUUGGUGAUGGUGAAGGCAGUUCAAACCGGAGAAGUUGUCCAAACACCACUGAAGACAAUGAAUUUCCUAAAUGAUAUGGGUGCUAUAAUUAAACAAAAAUUCACCGCAACCACAGAACAAGAAAUGUUAGAUCCUGCAACUUGUUUGGAUGCUUACAAAUGGCUUGUUGUUUACCUUUCAAAGGAGAGUGCACAUAAGUUGAUGAGGGAAAGUAAAAAGGGAGAGGACAGCUUCACGGCACGUAAUAACAGUCAGGUUUACUACUGCCGGUCACUUGCAAUAGCUUUCAUUGAGCAUGUGACUCUUCAGGUAUUUUAUGAUUUCUGUAAUGAUCCAUCUCUGCCAAGUGACAUCUCAAUAGUCCUGAAGAAGCUAUGUGCUUUGUAUGGUCUCUGGUCUUUAGAAAAGCACAUGGCAACUUUAUACCAAGGAGGGUAUUUCAGUGGUGGUGAACCUGCUAAGCUUGUGCAGACCACCAUCUUAUCCCUGUGUGCUGACCUAAAGCAAGAUGCCGUUGCUCUAGUAGACGUGUUUGCUCCACCAGAUUUCAUUCUCAAUUCUCCAAUUGGCAUGUCUGAUGGAGAGGUGUAUAAAAACCUAUAUGGAGCACUUAUUCAAGGUCCUGGGGCUCUGGAGAGACCAUCAUGGUGGAGAGAGUUCCUUGAGAAACCAAAGAUAGGAUCAAGACCGCUAGCCAAGUUGUAAUCAAACUUAUAUUCACUUCAGUAAAUGCAAUUUCAUCGCAUUAUAAACAGCCAAAAACGAUAGUGUGAAUCAAUUCAACUAGACAGUACAGUCAUUAAAUUGAUUUCUCAUCAAAAUGAUUUUAAAUGUCUGAGCAAUUUUACCCAUAAAUGUGCUUCCAUAAAUUAUAAAGUCCUUACAGGUAUAACCUGUGUUUAUAGAUGAUUUCAGUAUUGCUAUAUACUUGACUAAUUUAACAGUAAAUUGGAGAGACUGUUUCAUGCUUUGAAAUGUGCUUGUCAUGUUUUUUGUUGUAUUCCUAAUUAUGUGUGUCAAUUUUGUGACAGGCUUCCUACUAUAUAAUAUGAUUAUAAAUUGCAAUAACAGUGUGUGGUGCAAGUAUACUCUGUUAACAGAGCCAGAUUAACAUAGGAGCUUUUGGGGCACCAGCCCUAGGCCACAGUCCCCAAUGGGAAAAUAUAAGCCCCCCGAACCCCAGAAAAAAAUCACAGAAAAUUUGGUUUUAUGUUUUAGCCAGAGAGUAUUUAGGCCCACUUGCAAUUACAGAACCCAACCCCACAGCCCUUUAAUCUGGCCCUGUUUGUUCAUAGAGGUUAUGCACAGUACCGGAACGAUGAUGAUGACAGUAUAACCAUUUGUAAUCUUCUUAAAGAUAUUUUUUAUCCAUGAUUAGGUAAUUACUUUCUAAAUAGCAAUAUAUAUUAUUUUGUUAAAUUAUGAAUAUUGUCUAAACAUGGACAAAUUAAUUAUAUAAUAUGAGGAUGUGUUGUAGCAUGACUUUAGGUUAUGUACAGUGGAAUAAUGUAUAGAUAUAAUUUCAUGUAACAUGAAUAAACCAGCUACAAAUCGAAAUAUAUUUCAUGUAAGUCA